GAUCCAGUGCUGUCAACUUUGACAAUUACAUUUCCAUCGGAGUCGGGAUCAAAAAUGGAAAUUGCAAAAUAAUAACAUGAACUACUUUCAAAAUAUUAGAUAAAUUUUAAUCGUGCACAUCGUUAUGUUUUUUUUUAAACGACCUCAUGACAUCAAAGCAAUUAAGGCGUUGCUGAGGUGCUACAGUUUAAAUAGAAAAAAUCACUAUGAAGUACUCAAUCUGCGAAGAAAUUGUUCAGAUAAAGAUAUCAAGGAAGCGUUCAUACAAAUGAGCAAAGAGUAUCAUCCUGACAAAAACAAAGAUGCACGAGCACAGGAGAAGUUUGUGCGCAUUGUGGAGGCGUACAACGUACUGAGCAAGCCCAGUAGUCGCGCUCGAUAUGACAGCAUGACCGAGAUAGAAACUUCCGAUCACGGUGGGGCCUCGUACGUGUAUAGGUCACAUGUACCUUAUAAUUUACGUAACAACCCACAUUACAGCUACUACUACGAAUCCCAAACCAGAUCGUCCAAUGCAAAUGAUAGUAAAAAUGCAACGUAUGGGUCGACUGGUAUAAAGAAAUUGCCCAACUACGUUAUUAUAGCAAUGUGCACCGGGGUUGCCUUGAUCGGGAUAUUACUGCAAGUGUUUGUAAUAAGAAAUUUAUAUGUAGCACAAAGACAGCGAGCUCAAGAGAAGACCAAACGUCUUGCAGAAGAAUUGGACAGAGUGCGGGCUGCCGCUCAUACUAAUGGAAACGAGAUGCAGACGCGCCUUUUGCUCGACAAGAUCGUGACAGCGGCGAACCCGACCGUCGCUACAGCGUCAUUGGGACAAGCACUGGCGAGCGAAAAGAAAAACUCGACGGAGGCUUUAGUCUCGGAACUCGGUUUAUCGGAGUCGCCACAUCCUCACCCAUCAGACGACUGGUCUCACCCAACCAGACAUGAAACACUACAAAAUUUUAUCAAAAAACUUAUGUCAAUGUUAUUGUGAAGAAUAACUAUUCCGAACACGAAACAAAUUGAUGGUGCCAGGAAUGUGACGUUUUUUUUUGAAAGUUGGCCUCUGAAAUCAACGAGUAUUUUAGUCAAAUUAAACUACAUA